AUGACGAGUAGUGAAAAACGACAUUAUUGUAAACAAUGUGGCCGUUGUUAUAAGCAUAAGGGUCAUCUAAAACGUCAUAUUAAUUUCGAAUGUGGACUUCCUCCAACUUUUCAAUGUCCAUAUUGUCAAUAUAGAUCGAAAAGAAAAUCAGAUGUCUAUCCACAUGUGCGAAAACUUCAUUCUGACUAUUAUGAUUCAAUUCAAGUAGAAUGUGCACGUAAACAUACAUGUGAAUAUUGUGGUAAAGGAUAUAUAACAUCGCAAUAUUUGAGAAAACAUCAAAGAGAAACGUGUUCAUCAAAUCCUGAAUCAAAAGAUUUUCAAGCACGAAUAAAUAAACCAUUUGCAUGUCUUCAAUGUGGAACACGUUAUGCAACAAAAUCGGGUCUCAAUUUUCAUAUUCGUCGUGAAUGUGGACAAAUUCAAAUUUGUCAUUUAUGUAAUGACACAUUUUUACAUUACAGCAGUUUAAGAAAACACAUUCCACGUUGUCGAGAGGAGAAAAUUUUAAAAAAUUCUCAAACAUUGGAAAAUGCUAAGGAUAAUAGAGCAUUUAUAUGUCAAUAUUGUAAUAAAAAUUUCACACAAUUUGGCUUUUUAACGAAACAUCAAAAUAAUUCAUGCUAUUGGAAUCCAAAAUCAAUGAAAUACGGCCAACAUAGACCUUAUGUAUGCAGUUCGUGUGGUGCAAGUUAUUCAAAACUCGGAAGUUUAACGUCACAUUGUAAAUUUGAUUGUGGAAAUAUUCACAAGUGCGACGAUUGUGGACGAACAUUUUUACAAAUUAAUAGCCUACGAAAACAUAGAAUUUCCAAUUGUUCAGCGCGUUUGCGAAAUCCUUUGGAAUAA